GGAGGGGGUUUGGGGGGGAGCGGGGUGGGGAGCGGCGGGGAGGGGACCAUGGAAGAAAAGCUCCAGGCGCAUCAGGUGGAGAUCGACCCGGAUUUCGAGCCGCAGAGCCGGCCCCGGUCCUGCACUUGGCCUCUCCCGCACCCCGACUUCGCGGCGGAGGAGGAGGAUGGGGGCGCGGCGGGGGGACCCCCGGCGCUGGCGGCCGGCGGCGGGGAGGGAACCGAGAACGCGGCGGCCCCGGUGGAGCGCAGAGGAGCCGCCGCCGCCUCCCUGCCGCCCCCCGGCGCGGACGUCGGGCAGCUCCGCAAGGCCAAGACCUCCCGGAGGAACGCCUGGGGCAACCUCUCCUACGCCGACCUCAUCACCAAAGCCAUCGAGAGCUCCCCGGAGAAGCGCCUCACCCUCUCCCAGAUCUACGACUGGAUGGUGCGAUACGUCCCCUACUUUAAGGAUAAAGGAGACAGCAACAGCUCUGCCGGCUGGAAGAACUCCAUCCGGCACAACCUCUCCCUGCACACCCGCUUCAUCCGCGUGCAGAACGAGGGCACCGGCAAGAGCUCCUGGUGGAUGCUGAACCCCGAGGGCGGCAAGACGGGGAAGACGCCCCGCCGGCGGGCGGUCUCCAUGGACAACAACAGCAAGUUCCUGCGCAUCAAGGGGAAGGCCAGCAAAAAGAAGCAGCUGCAGGUGACGCAGGAGCGCGGGGAGGACAGCCCUUCCUCCCAGCAAGCCAAGUGGUCGGAGAGCCCCGCGUCCCACGCCAGCGACGAGUACGACGCCUGGGCGGACUUCAGGACGCGGGCCAACUCCACGGCCAGCACACUGAGCGGGCGCCUCUCGCCCAUCAUGUCCAACCACGAGCCGGAUGAGCUGGAGGAGGACGACGGCACCCCCUCCUCUCCACUGAUGUACCCCAGCCCCUCCAGCACCAUGUCUCCUUCCCUCAACGCCCGCUGCUCCGUGGAGCUGCCCCGGCUGACCGACCUGACCGGCACCAUCAGCCUGAACGAGAGCCUCGGGGAGAGCAUGCUGGAGGACCUGCAGGACGGCUACACCAUGAGCCCUUCGCAGCAGCUCCCCCCAGCCGCCCUGCGGCAGCGCAGCUCCAGUUUCACCUUCAACUCCAAGUGCUCCACCAUGGGGGCCGCCACCAACACCUACUGCGGGACUAUCUACAGCCAGCCGGCCAUGAGCCUCAUGCGCCGCCUGCCCAUGCAGACCAUCCAGGAGAACAAGCAAGCCACCUUCUCGCCCGUCAGCUCCUACAGGAACGCCUCGCUGCAGGACCUGCUCUCCUCCAUCUCCUACGCGCACAAGGAGAGCAUGGUCCCGGGGGACCUGCCCCUGCCGCAGGCCAGCCCCAUGGUGCCGGCCCGUGGCCACAGACACAACCCGUUGCUGUGCGGGAGCGGGGAGCAGGGUUUGUCCUCCUACCCGUCCCACUCGGGCUCUCUCAUGAAGAGCAACGCUUUGUACCACCCGUCACCAGCCGGUCACCACCCUGCGGUCAACACCAGUGCCUUAGCUAAUCCUGUCAGCCUUAUGAGCUUGCCCAGUGACACGUGCAGCAUGACGGCCAUGCCGCACCACGGGCACCUGCAUUCCUACGCUAAUAACCAAGGGGCACACAUGAGCUUGCUGGAUUCGCUGCAGGGCCCCUACCCGGGGGCUGUCCACCCCCCAGUGUUGGGCCAAGACAGGUUCCCAGCAGACCUGGACCUGGACAUGUUCAACGGGAGCCUGGAGUGCGACGUGGAGUCGAUCAUCCUGAAUGACUUUAUGGACAGCGAUGAGAUGGACUUCAACUUCGACUCGGCUCUCCCACCGCAGAACGGGCUCAACGUGCCCGCGCUGCCCGGGGGUCCGCAGCCCACGAACCAGAGCUGGGUGCCCGGGUGACGCCCGCCCCAGGGUGGGGGGGCGCUCACCACCGAGAAGCCACGAGGGGAACAUUGAGACUAACUUUUUUUUUUUUUUCCUUUCUCUUCUGCCUUUGUUUGUUAAGAUGGGCUAGAGCCAUCGGCCGGAGCUUGAGGUCGAACACGAAACACAAACCAUAGGGUCACAUGUUGAGACGGGGUAGGGCCCCCAGCCCACACGCAUGCCCCAUCUGCUGGGUCCUCCUGCGAGCAUCCUCCGCAGGAUGCGUGGGAGAGGCAGCCGGAGCCCGGCGGGUGCAGGGGCGGAGCAGGAAGGGAAAGCCUUUCCAGAUGGUCCCAAUGCCCCACUGCGAUGGUGCCAGUUUGGUUUGUCCUUGGGCUGGUUGACAGAGCGGCGACGGCUGGUGGCGUGGGAACCCCCUGUGUGGGCACCCCGCUCUGGAAAGGGACCUUUUCUCUGAGCCACCGCGGAAAAUGAGUCCUCUGAGUAGAAGUAUCAGGAGUAGGGAGCCUGCCCCAGGGCAAGGGAGAGCUCAUCACCCUUAAAUCCAGGUGGAGAUCCGAGCUCUGCCAAGCCCGCGCGCCCAGGCCACCUCUGCUGCGGGGCUCCUUGCGUGGCUCCAGGCAGGUUUUCCUCCCAAGCAGUGAGAAGGGGGGGGGUUGGCGAUGGAGGGCGCGCAACCUGCAGCCCUGGGGACAGCACCUCAGUAGCCCAGGUGCCCGCCGGUGGCUGGGGGUGCCACGGUCAUCACGCCUGCCCACGGGAAAGCUGCAGCGCCCUGCCCGGAGCAGGCAUGGGAUGCUCCUGCAGGGGAUGGUCCUGCUGGGAGUGACCGCUGCUGGCCUGGUCCCCUGUGCCGGAGGCUCAGGGGGAGCUCACAGGGUCGGGGAGGGGUGGGUGUAUUUAUUUGAUUUCAUGCACUCUUUUGCCAUUGAGUUUUUGCGUUGGAAGGAAGGAAGGGUGGAGGGCAGGGAGAGGAGGAGCGGGGCCGUGGGCUGUGGGGAGGGCUGUGCCCCAUUGCAAGUCUCAUCUUGGCUUGGCCGUGGCGCUGGGUGUUGGAUGGUGGUGUGGAAGCUGGGGGGGCCGUGAUGUGGGUCAUGCCGGAGGAGGGGGUGUGUGCGCGAGAGGAGGGGAGGGAUGCGGUGGCUGGUUCACCCUGCCCCAAGCCUGGGGGACCCACGCUGCGUCCCCUACGUGCAGAGCUCAGGGAGGUGCCACAGGGCUCGCAGCCGGGGCUGUGGGGGUUUCGGGGGGGGGGUCGCUACUGGUUUCAGGAGUGACUCCAGCCAGCAGCCAGCAUGCCUGUCCCGUGGGGCUCGCUGCCCAUCCCCAGGGAUGACAGGAGAGCUGGUGCGGGGGGCUGGCAGCAGGAAGGGGCAGCCCUGGUGCACCCAUCUGCCAAGGGCCAGUGCUCCAGGGGGAUGGGGAGCAGGAGUCACACCUGGUCCUGCUGUGUGUGGGGACCCCAAACUGUCCCCACUGCUCUGCGGCCAGGGGUGAGCCAGGGACCCACCGCCCUCCUGCACCGCGUGGCGAGGACUGCCGGCUGCGGGGAGCUCAGCCCUGGGGCAGCGGGGGUUUGGAGCACGGCGGCCGGGCGGAGGAGAUGGAGGGACUGGGAGGAGAGGCGGUGGGAGCUGCUGCUCUGUCCCCCGGGGCUCAGCCCGUCUUCCUUCUGGGCACCACAGGCUUUCUCUAACCCCCCGCUCCCCACCCCUGGGGUGCAGCAGGAUUAUUCCACUGAACCAGCACAUCCUCCUGGCCCAGCUCUUCCCUCGCUCCAGCACCACCUCCUCCACCGUGGGGCGGGCGCUGGGUCCCACCCGGCCCCGGGGGGAAGCGGGGGUGCUUGGGGACGGCAGGGUGGGACCCAGGGUGGGCACCUCCUGCUUCUCUCCUGACCCACCCGGCUGUGGCAAAGCGCGACAGAGGGGCCCCACGUGCCACCAUUCACCUUCGCCCUGAGCACACGGCGGGCAUGGUCUCUAAAGACAUUCUUACAGGUUAAUUAAUUAUGUUUACAUUAUUUGAUCAUGUACAGAAUUUAAUAUAUUCUAUUAUAUAUAAUCUUUCUUGAAUGCUUUUUUAAAAAGGAUUAUUCUUUGGUCAGGAUCAUUACCGCAUUCGUUUUAUACACCACCUCUCGUUUCAGGCGUACUUAAAAUCGUUGGAAACUGAUGGCAAAUGGCUAUUUAAUACCCGGCACCCGGCUCUGCGCAUGGCGGGGGUGGGGGGGAAGGAGAGGCAGGGAGGGCAGCUGGGGCUGCCAGGGGAGAAAAGGGGGGCUCUGCCCCCUGAGCAUGGGAGGAAGGAAAGGGGUCCUGGCUCUUCCAGGCAUCCGCUCUCCAGGCACACCUCCAGCAGCACACCAGCAGCCGGGCAGCGCGGGCCGGCGGGGGCUCCCCCCGGCAGUCGGGCACUUGCAGAUGGGAUGCUCAGGCACAGAGACCCCCCCCCCCCCCCCCGGCACAAACCCCUUCAGUGUCACAGAUACGGGGCCGACCAUCAUCGCGGAGGGGAAGCCACACCAGCAGUAGGAGAAAUGCCCCCCCUUCAUUGUCCCGCGCCUGCCCCGCUCCCCCCGGCUUGCCUCCCCCUGCCCUGCUGCGUGGUGCCCCCGGGGCAUCCACCCCCCCGGGGCGCGUCCCAUUGCCAAGCUGUCUUUGUGGUUCGUGACCGUGGGGUUGUCGUGUGUGCGGUGGAGUCGUGUUGGUAAGCGUCGUGUGUACAGUCUCGUCGUGCGGUGCGAGGGACGGCGGGCAGUGGGAGGCAGGAACAGAGACCACCCCCCCCAACCCCCUCCCCCCCCCCCCCAAAGUGGCUGGGACCCCGGGGAAGGCUGGAGGGGGAGGCGAGACGGGCUGGCCCCGCCGCAGAGCUGAGGGAUGCCGGGACCAUGGUGCCCGGAUCGGGUGGUGGUGGUGAUGGCACGGGGGUGUCAGGGCUGUGCCCAUGGGGCAGGCAGGUCCUGGGGGUGCUGGCGCAGCCGUGCCCCCUGCGGCUCCCACCGCCCCGCUGCCGGCGCUGCUGGAAGGGGAAACCAGGGCUUUAUUUCGUUGGCAGGGGCUACAGGUUCCCUCUCUGGAAAGAGCUCCCCGAGCACAGGCCACCUCACGUCCCACCUCGCUUGGCUUCAGCCUCCCCACUCCAUCACCCCCUCUCCCUCCCGGCCCCCCCCCCCCCCACAGGACAGCCUCUGGGGACAAGGAGCAUCCUUUGCUCUCAGCCCUGCUCCCGCCAAGCCCCAGCCCUUCCCAGAGCGAGAAGCCGGUGUCGAGGGGACGCUGAAGGGACCCCACCGGUUUGCUUCAUACGGCAGUUUUCGGUCCGUCCUUUCCCUCGUAUUUAUAACUGUACAGACUGGGGGGGAGGGUCUCUGACAGGCGUCAUCUCUCACCACGCAUCUAUCGUAGGCAAUGGUAACUUUCUUGAUCGUGCUAUUAGAGUUUGUGUAUGUGGCAAUGUAAAGAACUGUGUAUAGUGCAUUGUACAGCAUAUUUUCAUGAAUAAAAUUGUUUUAAAUAUUGCUUA